UGGGAGGCUCUCCUCCUCCCCGCUGACCUGUAGGACAAGACAUCAGGCUGCACACAGACCGCUGAUAAGGACAUCCAGAUCCUGGAGACUUAAACAGAGGCUGGAGGGCAGGGAGUGCUUGCAGUUCCCACAGGCUGGAAGCUAUGAGGGGGACAUAGAGUGCUGUGUAACAAUGUUGCUCUGUGCAGAGAAGAGAGUUCUACAGAGUUCCUGGCUUCCCUUAUCUAGCCUGCACACAACUUCUGGCACCGGACUGCUAUUUAACAGAAAUUGCAUUAAGUGAGGAACUUGCCUGGGAUCUCUGACAGUGCUUCGAUCUCUAGUUUGCUUUUUAUGGGACUCCGGUAAUACAACACUGCUUUCUGAAAACUACCCGAAAGUUCUGGGAUUGCCUCCAGGUUGCGUGCAUCUACCUACUCCAGGCUUAUCAGUGAUUUCACAUCUGCUUUUGGAAAGCCUUGCAGAGUCUCCUACAGCAUCUGCCCAGACCUUCCUGGCUGCUGACAAUCAACCCACAGUUCUUUACCUGGCUACCUAAUAAUUUAAAGCAGUAGUUCUGGGUUUAUAUAGGGUGUGAUCCCUUCCUCCCACAUGUUUGGAGAUUGCAUGCUCUGAUUAUCUGCUCCUCGACACCUUUACUUUACUUUAUACAGAACCUACACUGCAUGCUCUGUGUAGAUGAGGUGACCCCACGUGCCUAAUAUUCAAUUAUAACUUGCAAUGCAUGCUCUGUGUACAUGAGGUGACCCCACGUGCAUAACAUUCAGUUAUAACUUGCAUUGCAUGUUCUGUACAGAUGAGUUGACACCACAUACCUAACAUUCAGUUGUAACUGCAAUGCAGGUUCUGUGCAGAUGAGGUGACCCCACAUGCCUAAUAUUAAGUAAAAACCUGCACUGCAUGCUCUGUGCACUCUCCCAGACAGGCAGACAUAUGUGCCAUUGCUCACAUAUUCUCUCCAUUUCCAUGUGAAGAAGGACCACUCUCAAACCACCAUGGACAGCUGUGGCCUUUCAACUGUGCAAGCUCAGGGGGACCCUGGGGGGUGCACUAGAGAACAGACAGGACCUGGAGGGGAGCAGCAGUUCUCUCUCUCCAAUGGCAUGACAGCAGGACCUGCCCCGGACACCCCAGUAGAAGGUACUCAGUGGUUAAGCAAGCAGAGGUCGCUGCGGGUUGUUUAUGUCCUCAAUGAUAGCCCCAAAUCAUCCAUGGGAGGGAGCCCAGAGUCUGGAGCCCUGCAGUGCCUCCGCCGGGCGUGCGAGGGAGAGGGGGCGCAGCUGAGCAGCGUUAAUUUCGGGGAGCUGGACUUUGGGGAGACAGCGGUGCUGGACACCUUCUAUGAUGCAGAUGUUGCUGUGGUGGACAUGAGUGAUGUUGUAAGACAACCUUCCCUUUUCUAUCACCUUGGGGUUCGAGAAAGUUUUGACAUGGCAAAUAAUGUCAUCAUCUAUCAUGAUACCGAUCCAGAUACAGCUCUCUCACUAAAGGAUAUGGUAUCCCAGAAGAACACCGCUUCCAGUGGUAAUUAUUACUUCAUAUCAUACAUCGUAACACCUUGCGGAGACUAUUUUUGUUGUGAAAGUGAUGCUCAGAGAAGAGCCUCGGAAUACAUGCAGCCAAAUUGGGACAGUCUCUUGGGACCACUGUGUGCUCCUCUGGCUGACAAAUUUACAAGCUUACUUAAGGACAUCCAUGUUACAUCAUGCGCUUAUUACAAGGAAACUUUACUCAAUGACAUCAGGAAGGCUAGAGACAAAUACCAAGGAGAUGAACUUGCCAAAGAGCUAACACGUAUAAAAUUACGUAUGGACAACACAGAGCUUCUUACAUCAGAUAUAGUUAUUAACCUGCUUCUUUCAUACAGAGAUAUCCAGGACUAUGAUGCUAUGGUCAGACUAGUGGAAACUCUUGAAAUGUUGCCAACCUGUGAUUUGGCAGAUCAGCACAACAUAAAGUUUCAUUAUGCAUUUGCCCUCAAUCGGAGAAAUAAUGCGGGAGACCGUGAAAAGGCUCUGCAUGUGAUGCUGCAGGUAUUGCAGGCUUGUGAUCAUCCUGCCCCAGACAUGUUCUGUCUCUGUGGAAGGAUAUACAAAGAUAUGUUUCUGGACUCUGACUGCAAAGAUACCAAAAGCAGGAAUGAUGCCGUUGAAUGGUAUUGGAAAGGAUUUGAGCUUCAGCCUUCUUUGUACUCUGGAAUUAACCUCGCUGUUUUACUUAUUGUUGCCGGGCAGCAGUUUGAAACUUCUAUAGAGCUCCGAAAAAUAGGUGUACGUCUGAACAGCUUGUUGGGAAGGAAAGGGAGCCUGGAAAAAAUGAACAACUACUGGGAUGUGGGUCAGUUUUUCAUUGUGAGCAUGCUGGCUAAUGACAUCGGAAAAGCUGUACAGGCAGCUGAACGACUAUUUAAGCUGAAACCUCCUGUCUGGUAUUUGAGGUCCGUCGUACAGAAUUUGCUGCUUAUUCAGCGUUUUAGAAAGCUCAACACAGAACAUUCGCCAAGGCAAGAGAGGCUUAACUUCUGGAUGGACAUCAUUGUUGAGGCUACAAAGGAAUCAACUAAUGGGCUCAGAUUUCCAGUUCUAGUCCUAGAACCUACAAAGGUUUACCAGCCCUCAUAUGUUUCAAUAAACAAGGAGGCGGAUGAAAGGACAGUAUCACUGUGGCACGUGUCUCCUGUGGAAAUGAAAGGGAUUCAUGAAUGGAACUUCACAGCCUCCUCAAUAAGAGGCAUAAGCAUAUCAAAGUUUGACGAACGAUGUUGCUUCCUGUACGUUCACGACAAUUCUGACGAUUUCCAGAUCUAUUUUUCUACAGAGGAUCAAUGCAACAGGUUUUGCACUCUUGUGAAGGAGAUUAUCACGGAUGUUGUGGGCAGCACAGUGGAACUGGAAGGAGAGGCAGAUGGAGAUACAUUAGAGUAUGAAUAUGAUUAUGAUGAAAAUGGAGACAGAGUUAUUCUGGGUAAAGGCACAUAUGGAGUGGUAUAUGCAGGCCGAGAUCUAAGCAAUCAGGUCCGAAUAGCAAUCAAAGAAAUACCAGAGAGGGACAGCAGAUAUUCCCAGCCCCUACAUGAAGAGAUAGCGCUUCAUAAAUAUCUCAAACACCGUAACAUAGUACAGUAUCUUGGCUCUGUUUCAGAAGAUGGAUACAUCAAGAUUUUCAUGGAACAAGUACCUGGAGGUAGUCUUUCCGUGCUUUUAAGGUCAAAAUGGGGCCCUAUGAAAGAGCCAACAAUAAAGUUUUAUACUAAGCAAAUCUUGGAAGGCUUGAAAUAUCUUCAUGAGAACCAAAUUGUGCACAGAGAUAUAAAGGGAGAUAAUGUUCUAGUGAAUACCUAUAGUGGCGUGGUGAAAAUAUCAGAUUUUGGGACUUCCAAGAGGCUCGCUGGUGUAAAUCCAUGCACUGAAACAUUUACUGGCACAUUACAGUACAUGGCUCCUGAAAUCAUUGACAAAGGGCCCCGAGGGUAUGGUGCUCCUGCUGAUAUCUGGUCUUUAGGCUGCACAAUUAUUGAAAUGGCAACCGGCAAGCCUCCAUUCCACGAGCUGGGUGAGCCCCAAGCAGCAAUGUUUAAGGUGGGUAUGUUUAAAAUCCACCCAGAAAUACCCGAGUCCCUCUCAGCAGAAGCCAGAGCCUUCAUUUUGCUGUGUUUUGAGCCCGAUCCUGUAAAGCGCACUACAGCUGCUGACCUGCUUAGAGACUUCUUUUUGAAGCAAGCAAACAAAGGCAAAAAAAGUAAAAUUGCAUUUAAACCUGCAGUUGGCGGUGGGAGUUCUACAUCACAAGAUUACAACCGCUGUACAUCACUCCCACUCCCAGUACCUGGUGAGCUGGCUGGCAGUAGCAGCAGUGAACAUGGAUCUGUGUCUCCAGACUCAGACACAAAGCAGGAGUUAUUCUUCGAGAAGGUCAAAAGAUCCAGUUCAGAAAUUCCCUCAAGUAAAGCUCCUAUGUCCAGUUUAUUGAGUGUUCCAGAUGAUGGCUCUGUAUCUGAGGACAGAAGUACUCCCCCCUCCCCAGACGAGAGGGACUCUGGUUUAUUUCUCCUGAGGAAGGACAGUGAAAGACGUGCAAUACUGUACAAAAUUCUCAAGGAAGAACAGAACAAAGUGUCGUCAAAUUUACAGGAAUGCCUUAUGCAGAGUUCAGAAGAUGUGCAGCUUUCAGUUACCCAUAUCAAACAAAUCAUUAACAUUCUGCGGGACUUCAUACGAUCUCCUGAGCAUCGAGUCAUGGCCUCCACCAUAUCCAAGCUCAAAGUGGAUUUAGACUUUGACAGCACAUCCAUCAAUCAGAUCCAGCUAGUGCUUUUUGGAUUUCAGGAUGCGGUUAAUAAAGUCCUAAGGAACCAUCUAAUUCGGCCACACUGGAUGUUUGCAAUGGAUAAUAUCAUCCGCCGUGCCGUGCAAGCUGCUGUAACUAUCCUCAUUCCUGAACUUAGAGCCCACCUGGGGCCUGCUUCAGAAAGCGAAGGAGUGGAUAAAGAAGUUGAAGAUGAGGAUUACCAACCUGCUGAACAAAAUGGCACUGAAGAAGCAAUUAUCACAUCAGGAGUCAGCACCCUCAGUUCAGUGGUUUCCCAUGAAACACAAACCCAGCAACUCAACCUGCAGCUUGGCAAACUGAGGCAAGAAACCAAUAGAUUAUUGGAAGAUUUGGUUCAGAAGGAACGAGAAUACCAUUACCUUUUAAAGCAGUGUCUGGAACAGAGAAGCCAUGACUUGCAUCUACUCCAGAUCAAGUCAAUCCCCAAUGACAUCCCGAGAACCGCAUCGUAUGCAUCCCUUACCAAAAUCAGAGACCAAGAACUGAUUGAAUGGCUGAGACAGCAAGGUGCAAGCGAAGAGGUGGUGGAGAAGUUUAUUGAAGAGGAUUAUACACUGUAUGAUAUCCUGAAUGAGAUCACCAAAGAAGAUUUGCAAAGCCUACGACUAAGGGGUGGACCUCUUUGCAGAAUUUGGAAGGCUAUAACAAAAUACAGAAAUCCUCAAAAAAUACUUGGCCCGGACAAUUAACCACAAAAGUAUUUUCGGCACCGAGUGUGUAAAAUGUACCAUAUCGAAAGAAAAAAAAAGAAGGCAUUCCGUCUUUUAAAUUAUUUAUCUUUUGUACAUCAGUGUAUAGAUAUUUUUUCCUUGUGUCUUUGUAUGUGUAGAUGGUUUUUAAACAUUUCUCUUCUCACAAAAUCUGGAAAGUAGGGUCUUCUAUCAGAAUUAUCCUGCUGCUGCAGUGGUUGUAGUUGACAAGCUACAACAGACUUAUAACAUCUUAGGUUUUAUAUUUCUUUUUUUUUUUUCAAUUGUGCAAGAAAAGAUGCACAUACAAAAAAAAAUAUAACAAUUAAGAGUUAGUACCAUGCAAAAAAAUGACUGGUGUUAAAAUAUUGCAUUGCAAUCAAGACGCAAGUCACAUUAGGAUAAAUCUGUGAAGCUGUUAGAAUUUUAUUUUCUUAAUACUUGAAUUAUGGUCUAAACACUAAAUCAAAAUGCGAAAAAAAGCAUUAUGUAGCAUUCACAAAUAUGUAUGUAAUGCUUCUACGCCUUCACCAAACUAAACGGAAAUGUAAAAUUGCA